UCUCCAUCCAGAUCAUCUCGAGCUUCAUCCAGCCUCGUCUCCUCCCGUCUCCUCUCCCGGUCUUCCCCACAGCAGCGCACUGCCCACCUGCCAAUCAUGCAAAUAUUCCAGAACCUCAUCCUGGUAGCCGUCGCGGUCCUCCCCAUCUUCGUUUCCGCGCGGGUUGGCGACGUCGUCCCCGACGCCUACAUUGUCGUUCUCAAGGAGGAGGUGACGGCCAACGACUUUGCCGCCCACCGUGCCUGGGCAAACGAUGUCCAGGCUUCGUCCCUCGCCAAGAGGGGCGACCGCGGCCAUCAGGGCCUCAAGCAUACCUACAAUAUGAAGAAGCUGAAGGGCUACUCCGGAACUUUCGAUAAGGAGACCAUCGCCCAGAUCAAGUCCCGCGCCGACGUUGCUUACGUCGAGCCUGACCGUGUUGUCGAACUCGACGCUAUCGUCUCCCAAGCAGGCGCUCCCUGGGGUCUAGGCCGUAUCUCUAGCCGUGCAAAGGGUGUCAGCAGCUACUACUACGACGAUACUGCUGGAGCGGGUGUCACUGCCUACGUUAUCGACACCGGUAUCCUGACCACGCACACCCAGUUCGGUGGCCGUGCCACCUGGGGCUACAACGCUGUCUCGGGCUCUUCCAACACCGAUGCCAAUGGACACGGAACCCACGUCGCCGGCACGAUCGGAGGAAGCACCUACGGAGUAUCCAAGAAAGUCUCCCUCAUCGCGGUCAAGGUCCUCGGCGACGACGGCUCUGGCACCAACUCCGGCGUGAUCGCCGGAAUCCAGUGGGCAGCCAGCAACGCAUCCGGCAAGAAGGCGGUAGCGAACAUGUCCCUGGGGGGCACAUACUCCGCCGCUUUGAACUCGGCGGUCAGCUCCGCGAUCAGCUCGGGGCUCACCUUCGUGGUCGCGGCGGGCAACGACAACGCCAACGCAGCGAACUACUCUCCGGCGUCGGUCGCCUCGGCGAUCACCGUGGGCGCAACGACCAGCACCGACGCGCGCUCGGUGUUCUCGAACUACGGCACGGUACUCGACAUCUUCGCCCCCGGCUCUAACAUCCUCUCCUCGUACAUCGGCUCGAACUCCGCCACUGCCUCACUCUCGGGGACGAGCAUGGCUUCCCCGCAUGUCGCUGGCGUCGUCGCGUACCUCCUCGGGAAGGAAGCGCUUGCUUCACCUGCCGCGGUCGCUGCGAGACUGACUGCUCUUGCGUCCACUGGGUAUGUCACCGGCCCGGGCACGGGGUCGCCAAACCGCCUGCUGUACAACGGCUCGGGUCGUUAGACGCCUCGCACUCGGUUUCCUAUCUCUCCGUGACUGUGGACGGUGCUUCGGGACUGGUUCGAUAGAUAGCUGGAUCAUUGUGGUUGUCAGAGUAAAAAAUGGGUGUUUCGAGAAUGAAAGUGUGUAUGUACUUCGAUAUGGUAGCUAGGACCUGGGUACCUAGAUGGUUGCGAUCGUCAGAGUUAAAAACGGGUGGUUGAUGAAUGAAAGUACUAUCAUACAUGCUUCGAUCGAUGCUGUACCGAUAGAGUUCUAUGCGUGCACGGUGAAAAGAAAUUCGCUAACUACAUGGCUGUUGGAGGCAGUCAAUCGGAG